AUACUUUUUGGUCUCCGGCUGACAGCAUAGUGAAAACUACUAAGGAAUGGGGGCAGUGCCACAGACUCAGUACACUGACAGUUAUUAUUUCUUUCCUCUGUCACAUUGCAGCUCAAUUCAGAGAGAUUCUCUCCUUUGUGGCUCCUUCUCAUCUGCUCUCUCUCUCUCUCUCUCUCUCCCCUCCAAUGGUGAGAAAAGUUUGCCUUUUCCUAGGUGGGAUUAUUCCAUCUUUUCACUCCUCCAUUGGAGCCAUCUCCAUUUCCAUUCCCUCCUCGGUCCUUGCCUUACACUAACACCCAUGGCAUGCCUCUUUCUGCAGCAGCCUUUGUCCUCUUUAUCUCCACCAUGUAGCCUUUGGAGAUCCAUCCAUACACUGAGAUGAGCUGCUUCUGCUGAGGGUUGUCAUAGAUUUGGGAAAGACUCUCGUGUCGUUCUGAUUCUGGGAAGAUCAACCAGUGUUUGGUGCCACAUUUUUUUCCCAGUCCAGUGUUGCAGGUUUUCUUGGCCUUCUAAGAGUUAGCACGGUGGAUGUUGUGCUGAUCACAGCUGGUUUCUGGGAGGAUGAGGCCAGUGGAGAGCAAGGGGAGCUGUAGCCAUGAAUCAACUCAGGAUCACCAUAGCUGCAAUGCAUACGGCUUCGAGUUCCACAGUGGCGCCGGCCCAACCAAGGCCCUUCACCACCACAAAGCGCUGGGGUCGCGCGCCAAGCCCACCCCUUCCAAGUGGGACGACGCCCAGAAAUGGCUGGUGGGGCUCUCAGCUCGGGCAGACCACAAGCACUCCGUGAGCAAGCCAAGGAACUCGAACGCCGACGACCGGAGGCUGCUCACCUCAUUGUCCCAGAGAGGGCGGGACUCCUGUAGCAGCGCCGAUGGAGUUCUGGAGGACGACAUGGUUCUCGCAGUGGCUGCUCAAGACGCAGCCGAAACAAAAAAGGUGGACUGCAACGAGCCGUUGUGGAGGACGAACAAGCCGAGCGAGGACUCGUCCGUGGUGGUCAGAUCGGUGUGUUUGAGAGACGCGAGCACGGAGAUGACGCCGAUCGCAAGCAAGGAACCAUCUCGGACCGGCACGCCGCUUCGAGCGACGACGCCGGUGUUGAAGAGUCCGCUCUCUUCGAGGUCAUCCACCCCGGGGAGAAGCCGACAGGGCGCGGAACAGCACGACGACCACCAGCCGGGGAUGAGGAAUCCGGAGAGGAGAACCGAGGCAGUGCCUUUCGGGAGGUCGAGCGGCAAUGGCUGGCCUUGCAGAGAUGAAGCUGCUCCCAUCGACGGCAGCAAGUAUCCUGAGGUGAAUGCAUCUGUGCAAGAUCAGAACAUGGAUUCGUUGGAAUCUCAAGCCACUGCAUGGGACGAAGCAGAGCGAGCAAAAUACACGGCAAGAUACAAGCGUGAAGAGGUGAAGAUACAAGCAUGGGAGAAUCAUGAGAAAAGAAAAGCUGAAACUGAGAUGAGGAGGAUGGAGGUCAAGGCAGAAAGAAUGAGGUCGCGAGCCCAAGAAAAACAUGCAAGCAGGUUGGCAGCGGCACGGAGAAUGGCAGAGGAGAAGAGAGCCAAUGCAGAGGGCAGGCUGAAUGAGCAUGCCGCGAGGACUUCGGAGAGAGCAGAUUACAUUAGAAGGACAGGGCAUUUGCCAUCCUCUUUUUUCUCCUUCAAAUUGUCUUCUCUUUGUGGUUGAGGGCCAUUUGCUGGUCUCUUAGACUCUCUUUUUUACUGCUUUUGUUCUGAUCUUGUUGUCUUUGCUCAAUAGAGUUGCACUCUCUCUGUAUCCUUUUUGGUCAUAGAAAAAUCUGAUCAGAAAUUGCUGUUUCUAAGACUCAUCAUGCAAUAUUAGCAUCUUUGAUGAGAUCUGAGCAACACAAUGGUUUGUUCA